AUGGAAUCUUACGGAUCAUCACUGAACCGCAGCCAGUCCCUCGCGAGCGGCCUGGAGAAGUCUUCCCCGAAAUGGAAGCCCUCCCACUCUCGGAGCAGCAGCACCGUGUCAUCCAGACAGGUUAUCAAAGACUGGGAGGUGAUUGACGACCUUCAGGUAGAAACUCAGCCUGGAGGUGAGAACCCUCCUGACACGACCAUCCCAGGGAUCUGUGAGGGAUAUCUCCUGAAAAGGAGGAAGUGGCCACUGAAAGGUUGGCACAAGCGAUACUUUGUCUUGGAAGCCGGGUACUUGCGUUACUCCAAAAACCAACAUGAUGUCACCAUUGGAAGAGUCCAGGGCUCUUUAGAUGUGAGCCUGGCAGUCAUGACAGUAAACAAGAAGUCCAAUCGGAUUGACUUGGACACAGGAGACAUUCUUUACCACUUAAAGGCAAAGAGCCAUGAGCUCUUCUACAUUUGGUUUACCAAGCUGCAAGCCCACCGCCUGUACAAGAAGGCGGCUCAUGGUCACAGCGGCAUCCUGCUCACACACGGAGGUGCAGCUGGACAAGCUCAGAGAAAUGGAGAUCUGAGCUCCACAGGGAUGCUGCCCUCCGCUAACACCGCUGUGAACAGCAAAGUGUCAGCCUGGCUGCAGCACAGUCACAACCCAGACACCUGUGUGCAAGAGCUGAAUCGUUGCCAUGUGGAUAUUUCGGAGAUAAACCGGUUAAUCCAGAAGCUGCAGUUGUUGGAGGCGGGCCAGGCUGUCAAUAACGGAGACCUGAGGCGCAUCAUCAGCACACAGAAUCUGUUGCUUGAGAAGCCAAAAAAGCCGAGGUCAGGGAAGAUUUGGCACUCUCGCACAUUAUCCAGAGUGGAGGCCCUAGGAAAGCUGUCCUCCAGUCAUCUGGGAAGCUCGCCUCAGCUCGGUGCGUCCGUCCCCUCUAUCCCAGACUACGUCUACUCCCAGCUGUCCCCUCCCACUGUCACAUCCCCUGAGGGCAAGAAGGUCCACCAGGACAUCUGCACCAUAUCGAUAAGAGUGCUUGCCUCUCUGAAGUCAGUGCAUGAAACUCUGUCCCAGGAGAGGCAGAAGCUGCAGGAGAUCUGGGAGCCGAACAACAUCCACCAGUCUAACACGUUAGCAGAGCCUGCAGCGGCGUCACACUUAUCCCACAGGCCUCCCUCAGUGGCAGACUCGGCUGCAGAGUAUUUUGACGCCAGCGCUGACGUGAUUUGUGAUGGUUCCUCUGAGGUGUCUGAUGAAUCAGGACUCAGUGAUGGAAGCACCACCAACUCUGAGCCAGAGGAAGGACAUGCAUCGGCCACCAGGAAGUACCGUGCUAGCAUUCACAGGAGUCCAAACGGUGUCAUUCCCAGGAUCACCGGCUGGCGAACGACACUGCCCGCUCCAUGUCCGGACAACAGCCACGUGGGCCUCAUGGCCAUCCUCUACAAUAACAUAGGUAAAGACCUGGCUCGGGUCUCCAUGCCUGUUCCUCUCAAUGAGCCUGUUACCCUGCUGCAGAGGCUGUGUGAAGAGCUGGAGUACAGUGAGCUGCUGGACACUGCCAACAACACCCCAGACCCCUACCAGAGGAUGGUUUACAUUGCUGCCUUCGCUAUCUCUGGUUACUCCACUGCGACGUUCAGGAACCGCUACAAGCCCUUUAAUCCGGUGCUGGGGGAGACUUACGAGUGCGUCAGAGAGGACCGGGGCUUCAGCUACAUCAGUGAGCAGGUCUGCCACCAUCCCCCCAUCUCUGCCUGCCAUGCUCACUCAGAGAACUACUCCUUUUGGCAAGACCAGCGAUGGAAAAAUAAAUUCUGGGGGAAGUCACUGGAGAUUCUGCCAACAGGGAUGGUCAAUGUGACUCUGUCAAGGUAUGGAGAUCACUAUGAGUGGAACAAAGUAGUGACCUGCAUCCACAACGUCCUCAGUCAGCAGCGCUAUCUGGAGCAUUACGGAGAAGUCACCAUCAGCAACCUCAAAAGCAAUGUGUGCACCUGCAAGAUUACCUUCGUUAAGUCUCGUUAUUGGGGUUCAGACACGAACAAGAAUGAGGUGCAGGGCACGGUGCUGGACCAAAGUGGGAGCAUCAUUCACCGGUUUGGAGGUCUUUGGCAUGAAGGCAUCUUCUGCGACACCCUACCUACUCCAAAAUGCGUCUGGAAGCCAAAUCCCCAGCCGAAGGAUCACCUGAUCUACUACGGCUUCUCGGACUUCGCCAUGGAUCUUAAUGAACUCCCCCCAGACCUGACGCCCCUCCUGCCUCUCACAGACAGCCGCCUGCGCCCAGACCAAAGGAUGCUGGAGGAAGGAAAUUUGGAUGAAGCAGAAGCAAAAAAAGAUUUUAUAGAGGAAUAUCAGAGGGAGCGAAGAAAAGAGCUCGCCAAAAGGGGGGAAGAACAUAUUCCACGUUUUUUCAAGAAAACCAAAGACUCCUGUGGACGGGACAUCUGGCUGACAAACGGGACGUACUGGAAGGUCAGAGAGAAUCCAGGUUUUACUAAUGUUGACAACUUAACUGUCUGGUGAUCAGACAACAGAGACGAUCUAAAAUGCCAGAUAAAAGACAGGUGUGAGAGAUGUUGGACAUUU